AUGAAUAGUUGCGAUCGUGCACUGGUCAGGGUUGCUGGAGUCUCUGGGGCCAUUGCUGUUGUCAUGGGAGCCUAUGGGGCUCAUGUUUUCAGGCAGAAGCAAAGACCAGAGGAAUUUAAAGUGGUAAAAGCCUACGAAACAGGGAAUAGAUAUCAUUUGAUACAUUCAGCAGUACUGUUAGCAGCACCACUUACCAGGAGACCACAGCUUGUUGGGGGUCUGUUAAUAGGGGGCAUGUUAUUGUUCUCUGGAGGUUGCUACAUCUACUCCCUAACUGAUAACCAGUGCAUUAGGAAGGUCACACCUUUUGGUGGGUUGAUGCUCAUAGCAGCAUGGGUUUGUAUGGCUCUGUGA